AUGAAUCCCGAUACGAAUUAUAUACGAUUGCGUGGGCUUCCGUUUGCUGCUAAAGAACAAGACGUCCGAGACUUCCUCCAAGAUAUAAGCAUUUGGUUUCUUAGAUACAGAAGUUUUUUUCUUUUCGGUUUGAAUGCAAAGUCGAUAACUUUCACACUGACAUCAAAUGGUCGAGCAAGUGGCGAAUGUUACGUAGAGCUGGAUGAUCAGGAAGCUGUUAAAGAGGCUCAAAAACUUGAUCGUAAUGAAAUAAAUGGACGCUACAUUGAAGUAUUCAGCGUUAGUGACGCGGAGCUAUUAAUGAUGAUACGCCAUGGUGUGAUCAAAGGUAGCGGUGGGGACGCGGACAGCCGCUAUGCUAGCAACUUUGUUGUCCGUCUUCGAGGUUUGCCAUAUAGUGCAACGAUCGAUGACAUCAAGGAAUUUUUCUCAGGCCUGGAAGUAGCGGAUGCGGUAAUCGACAAAGAACCGGGGGGUCGACCUUCGGGGGAGGCAUUCGUACGGUUGGCAACCAAAGAAUACGCGGAACUGGCUUUGGAGAGAAGCAAAAACUACAUGGGUUCAAGAUAUGUCGAGGUUUUCCGUAGUUCGGCCGAUGAAAUGGACAACAGCUAUUACGCAGCACGAGGUAUACCACCACCAACCAGUGGACCAGUCCCAUUGCGUGGAAUAAGUCCGACACUUGACUUUCGAUUUCGUGACAGGUAUGCAGAUUAUGGUCGCUAUGGUGGACCGAUAAGGCUUUCAAGCUUACAUCCACGGCCAUCGCCGUACGAUCGCCCAUAUUACGAUAGGGAUCGUUAUUAUCGAUGCGGUGCACGGUAUGAUCCAGAAUUUGAUGAAGCAAUGUAUGAUCCUACUGUUAAAGUUUUCAUGCGAGGUUUACCGUACAGUGUCACUACACUCGAUAUAGAAGAGUUUUUCCGACCGUUGAAUUGCGUCGAAAUUAAACUUGGUUAUAACGAAGAGCGUCGUCUUUCGGGUGAUGCACUGGUAUCUUUUUCAACAAUGGCGGAAGCACGAGAGGCAUUAUCACGUAACAAAAAUAACAUGGGCACCAGAAUUAAAAAACGAAAACGUACGAGGAUUUCUGAAGGCACCAAAAUGUUAUUAAGAAAGAGGAGAGCAAUGAAGAAGGAAAAUCAAAUGAACGAUGAAUAUGCUGCCUUAUGCAAACAAAUACGAAUGCAGAUGAAAAGGGAUUUUAAAGAAUACAGACGUUGGAAGGAAGAAAAAAUAUCGCAAGAAAACAGUGAAAAUAUGCAAAUAUACGAAACUACCUUGGAAGAUUUCGAACGAGAAGUGGAAGAGGAGUUUUCAGAGGAAAAUUUAGAGAAAGAGGCGAUUUCACUGAAAAAUUUUGGGAUAGUAUUGAAAAGAAGUACAUCUGAGGAAAAGAACGAAGCGGAGAAUGUAGGGAAGACAAAGAAACAAGCAAAUGUUGAGCAGAAGCUUGUUGAGAAAACUGGAGAACAUGCAAUAAAUCGGUUGUGUACCUCAGAAGUUUCAGCGCAAACAAACACAGGAAGCGAACAGCAGAAAGUGGUUAUGUUACGGGAAAAACUGCAAGAAGUUGAAGCAUCCGGGGAAGAUGCCAGAAAGUUAAAAGAAAUGCCUGGCGCAUAUGGAAUUCUUGAAACGAUUCUAGGUGACGUGACGGAAAAGAUGAAGAGCGAGGGACCAGUGUGGGCAAGUAAUGAAAAAUGUGCAGAAAAGGAAAGUGUAGCAGGAAUAUCAAGCAACAUUGAAUGGAAAGGUGAACCGCGAAUAAAGGGCAGAUACAUCGAAUUGUUUCCGGCAACAAAUAUCCCUCAUCCAAUUAAAACAGUAACAUUCCGUACAGUAAGUGGAGCGCCUACCCGUCUAACAACAGCGCCCCGCCCGCUGUACAGCUCCUUUGCUGAAGAUGAAGAAGCUGCUUAUGCAAGUGGAGUUGGUGGGCAGCAGUACUACAAUGAUCAGUAUGAAGGCCGUCAGUCAAAAUAUGGCCGUGAUUGGGGCGAACCAACACGUACAACUUGGUGA